AUGCUACCACACGAAGCAACAGCUGCACUCAUUAAUUUACAAGGCCCGUGGACUUUUCAUGCUGAUGUGAGGAGGAGACAUCGCAACGAGUUGUCUCUUAGCGUAGGCGCAGGAAGACCGCGGGAGCAAGGAUUCUCCGCCAGUCCUAUGUGUCGAGAGACGCUGCCCAAGCCAGGCGAGCCUGUAAGCUCCAUGUGUUACGAGUUCAAGGGAAAUGGCGUUUGUCCCAAGACUGCCCCGUACGCAGCGGAAACAUCCAGCGGACCAGAGAGACAUGCCUGCGAUGUGGAGGUGUGGAUCACUAAGGCAGAGGCUGUGCCACACCACCGAAGCCCCCUCUCUAGUAUAACGAAGCCGCAAGAGGUACCUCCUGGCCGCCUAAGCGGACAGGAUAACAGCGGCUACGCCUUGGAGCUAUGGGAGAUGAACGUCACAGGCACAGGGGCCAUGGAGGGGAGUUACUGUGCACUAUAG